AUUGGCAAUACUUUGAUACAUUUAAAGAUUCUUCCAAGAAUGGACAGAAAAUAAACUAACAAUGUGGAUUUCGCUGUUUAUGGUAUACAGUUUCUCGAUUAUUGCAUGUAAAGGCAAAUUUUACAAUUCUGUAUGUAUUCCUGGAUUCACUCAUCAAAUUGGUAAUUUCUGUUACAAAACGUUUUUUGAAUCUCCAAAAACUUGGUCUGAUGCUCAAUCUACGUGUCGGCACCAUGGCAGUGUUCUUGUGGAAAUAAGAGAUCUGCAAAAACAACAAUCAAUACAAGGUUUGGCGUCCGGUGUACAACAUAUAUGGACUGGUGGGAAUAAAAAGGGAGAUGACUGGUACUGGGGACAUGGCGAGCGAAUUUCGUCAUUCACUAACUGGGAUUCUAAUGAACCAAACAACAAGAAUGGGAACGAAAAUUGUUUGGAACUAAAAAGCAAUUCCUCUUGGACUUGGAACGAUUUACCUUGUGAUCGAAAAAAUCCUUUUAUCUGCGAACGGCACGAUGAACUUGGGCCCUUUUUAUCAAAAGAAAAAGCAACAUCGUACCUCCAAGGAAGAUCUAGACGUGUCAAACGAGACAUUAAUGAAGAAUGUAGUGAAUAAGGGGGUUGUGACCAUGAAGAGGUGUCGGAACAUGGCGUCAGAGACGUGUGUACGUGGAUGAAAAACAGACUAUGCAAUCAGCUUCACUGUUCACCUGGAUCUGUGUGUGCCACCACAACCAGGGACUGUAGCAACUUGAACAAUUACGGAGUAGGUUGUGAAGACAUAAACGAGUGCGCAAGCUAUCCUUGUCAAAAUGGCGGAAGGUGUUCCAAUAAUAUCAACAGCUUUUCCUGUUCGUGUCCUGGGCAUGUCUAUGGAACAACGUGUGAAUAUGCGUGUCAUCUCCCCGAGCACUGCGUUGCUCCGACUUGUACAAACGCCUAUGACUACCGUUGUACACAAUGUCAGGACGAAGGCUCCACAGUGGUGUAUUCCCUCUACUGGCCGAACGCCAACAGGAAAAUUUGUGAAGCAACCUGCUCGUGGAAAGAGAAUUGGUGUUGGCCCGGAACAUGCACCGAUCACUUGGCAAAAAACUGUGUUUGUAGCACCGAUUUCUACAAGUCCUCUUCCAAUCCUGCGCGUUGUGAGCUUUCGAAAAAGCCUCGCAUUGAGACAUGUCGCCUUGGGGCGGAGAGUGAUAGAGGUGAGGUAGGUAAUUCUACAUCACACGGUGAGGGUCAGAAAGAGAAGUCGACCUACAUCAACUUCCAGCCGAAAUCGCUCUCUUUCAAUUUUGUCACGGCGUUUGAUACCCCCAAAGGUUUGCCAGAGAAACCGACACACAUCCAUGAAUAUCAUUUCGGUGUAGUUCACGCAGAAGUAUCACUCUACAAACAAAAUAUCUACGGAAGAAAGACAAAUGUUCAAACAGAACCACUGAUAAGUAAACAGAAGUGUUCUUUAAACAUUGAAGAUCUGGAUCCUAAACCAGAUACUCCUAUUGAAUGCAAGGAUGUUUUGUUUAAUCAAACCACGUGGUUCAUGCAAGAUGGAGAGAGCCUUUGUUUGACGUACAAAUCUCAUGCGGGAGGAUAUAUGAAAUACAAAGAUUUCAACAAUAAUGUCUUUCCUUCGUCUGGUGCAGUUAUAUACAACCGAGUUUCCGAAUCGAAAGAUGUAUGUGUUCAUUUUGAUUCUUCGUCACCAGUGCACUGUGCAGAAACACUGUCUUGUCAUGGAACAGAACCUUUACUGAUCAUGCCUGGACGAUUAACACGGGAUCCGAGCAUAAUGAUAAAAUAUCGUGGAUGGAUCGAUCCCUUUCCACACAACUCUGAUCAAGCUUCUGGAAUCAAGAGUUUUGCAAUUACUGUCCACGAGGUGAAAGAGCUAGAUAAACUCACAUUGAUAAUGGACGAAAAGGGCCAGUCUUAUAAUGCAUCUAAUGAUGAGGCAAACAUUACAUUACCGCACGAACCAGCUCUCUAUGGCAUUGCCCUGGAGGUGUUGGACAAUGCUGGGAAUGUAAAAUCCGCUCGAAGAUUUGUCAUGUUUGACAAAUCGUCCGAAAUUAAAAUAAAUUUUUUGAAACACUUGAAAGUUGAUUCUGCAAGUCCAGAAACAAAUUACAUAUGGCAGACCCACAGAAAGAGAAGUUGCUUGUCUUGGGACGACAGGUAUUACAAUUCAUACAACUAUAGAUUUAACCUUUUACGUAAAAUUCAAAAGGACUUUCAUGGAGUGUACCAAGGAAUAUAUGAACAACAGACAGGAAUAUUACCAGUUUCAGGAACAAAAAACGUGCACGGAAUAACUUCGUUUUAUUAUUCGUGGUUUAAAGAGAAUCAGGAGGUGUCAGCUGAGGUAGCUAUUCCAAAUUUUCCUGAUCAAAAGCUUUGCGUUGAUUUAGGCGUAAAAGAUGGAGAAACGCACACAAUAACGAUAACUUCCAAGGACUUAAUGGAAAACACACUUUCAGAAAAUAUCACCUUUUACGUUGACGCAAGCGUUCCUGAUAUUGAAGAGGUGUGGUUAAGCAAAGAUGGCGUUAGACAACUUUUUGUCCACAACUCAACAGAUUUAGCUCAAAUGGUUCUUCAAUUUAAAACAUUCGACUCACACAGUGGUCUUUAUUCAAUCGAAUAUUUUCUUGGAACGUCACGUGGAGGAAACGAACUCGCCUACAAAACCCUUGCUGUACAUACUGUGGAAAAUAAGAGUUGUGAUUCUUUUGUCGAUUGCUACUGUCCUAGUGUUGGACUCUGCGAAAAUUCAUUAUAUACAGUAAAAUUCAACCAUCUGAUAAAGAAUAACACCAACACUGGGCAACACAACAGGGCCUAUUAUUUUACUGUAAAGGUAACAAACGGAGCACGGCUGGUUGCUAUUGAACAUGUGGACAUUCUUGCUGAUGAUUCACCUCCAGUGAAAGGAGUGGUUGUUGAGGGACCUGAGGGAUAUCCUGAUAUUGAUUAUACCAGCGAAAUAUCGGUGAUUGUCAGAUGGAACGGGUUCAUAGACCAUGAAAGUGGAAUUAUGAAAUACCGCAUUGGUAUCGGUGAGCACUGUCUUUCAGCAGCAGAGAUGAAUGUCUACUCUCACGACCUGCCAAAUAAUUCUAGUCUUUAUGAAUCAUCAGAAGCAUAUCUUAAAGUUUAUUUACCACACGAUGGUCUUUAUUAUGUUUCGGUGUUAGCUUACAACAAUGCAUUAGAACCAUCAGAGGUUGCUUGUUCAGAUGGUGUUUUUCGUGACACGACUCCCACCAAGGUAACUGAUUUAACUCUGGAAUCAGCUAAAGUUAAACCUGUUAUUGGAUGUUAUGAUAAUAAGGUCUGGCAUAUUUUUGAAAACUUAACGGCAUACGAACUUCAGAAAACCGAAAGAUGCAACAUCGCUUGUAAUUCAACUAUGACUAUGCAACUCGUUCAGUACCUUCCAAAGCGAAACCGGUACUCAAACCAUUCCUCAUACUCGACAGCUAUGUGUACAAAAUUAUCUGGUUUCUCAGAAAAUUGGUUUAUAUAUCUUCCAUCUGACAAAAUAAAAUUAAGAUGGGCCUUAGAAGAAAAUGAAUCACAAAUCCAGAAAGUAUACACAGGAUUUGGAUCAACAUCUAGCGCAAGCAUGAGUCCAGACUUGAUAUCGUAUUUAGAAACUAAAAUAUUCAAUGAGUAUCAUGUCGUGCAUUCGGGUUUGGAUCCUGGCAUACCAGUUUAUGCUUUUGUUAAAGUAAAGAACAAGGCCGAUCUCACAACCCUUGUCCCAUUUGGACCUAUAAUCAUCGAUGAGACGCCUCCCUUAUACCGAGGAAACGUUGCUGUUAUCAAAGAUCCUGAAUACAUCUAUGUCGGAUGGACUGAAAAUACAUUUAUGGAGGCAGAACAAAAGGAACCAAUUGAGUCUGUGCUUUUUCGAAUAGGUUGUGGAAACGUAUUAAGAACACCUCUGUUGGAAGCAAAAAUAUUUGAGAAGUGUCCUGGAAACUUUUCAUCUUGUUUUAAAUAUCCACUUGAAAGGGUCCUCAAAUUUCAUACUAAUGAUGAAUCAAAACACUAUUUUAACCUGUACGUUUACAACAUAGCAGGACAUUUUGCAGAAGUUCAGACUGAUCCCUUUUUUCUUCCACCUCGGUUUCCACCAACAACAGGGAUACUUAUUGAAACAGAGUCGGGACACUUAUCAUCCAACAACGAUAUUGACUAUACUUUUCAGACCAACCAAAUUUGUUUUGAUUGGAAAGGAAUAUGGCAUGUUCAAAAUAUGUCAAUAGAAAUAGGACUCGGAUCUAGCAGAGAAUCAGCUGAUGUUCAAUUUUUUAAAUCUAUUUCAAAUGAUGAGAAUUGUUUACACAACUUGCAACUAAAACCAUUUAAGAAAUAUUAUACAUUUGCGCGUGCGACUGUUGCAGGUCAUGUACAGUCCGUGGUUAUUUCCGAUGGAUUCACGGUCAUUGACAAAGCAGACGUGCUUAAUGCCCUAGACGUCCGAAUUGGAACACCUUGCGGGGCCAAACAUUUAACAGAAGUUGAUGUUGAAAUGGCAAAUACCUCAAAUGUAUAUUUCGUAAAAAGUAAAUUACGAGAAAAUCAAAUAUAUACAGCUGUUUCAAAUAACACUGCCCUUACAAGUGAAGAUGUCGUAUGGAUUGAUGAGAUGAAUAAACAAUUUGUUGUCAUUGUUCCGCAGCCUAAGUUCUAUGUUCUAAACAAUAAUCCUGUAAUUAUACUUUCCUGUCAGGAGAAUAAGAGGUUUCAGUCCAGUAAGCACACGAUAGAUGUGUUUUGGGCAUAUGAUAAAACAGAGUCAAUUACGCACUACAAAGUAGCUUUGUUUAAGAUUAACAAGGAUAGAACAGAGACACUGAUAGAAACGUUCAAAAACGUUGGUAAAAACAUGCAGAUCCAUCUCAAUAAUUUGCAUUUACAAAACAACCAACUGUAUCGUUCAUUAGUCCAACCUUGCUUCCAGAAAACGUGUUUGAAAGGGAAGUAUUCGAAAGAUGUAUUGGUUGAAGAAUGGCUUCAUUCUAGUUAUGACAUAGAAGCAUUUUUCGUUGUGAACGGAAGAGAUGCCCAAGAAGUGGAUGUAAAUGUGAAGUUUGAUGCAUUUAGAUGUGGUCAAACGAACAAUGCCAUAGGGUAUGCUGGGGCAUUAUUUGAAGCAAUUGAUCAUCAUCAUCAACUUACAUCUUGGUAUCUUUUGCCCUUAAACACUUCUUACAAUACAUUUGAUAUUGACAUUCCAUAUACGUUGCCCGUUUAUGGAUACAAAAGUAUGAAAAUCUGUGUUAAAGGAAUAUGUCGAUCUGGACAGUCAGAAACAUCUUGUACAAAUCUCAAAGCGAAGUCCAAUCCAAAUGAGAUUACAACUGGACAUCUUUACGAGAUCGAUUCCGAGGGAGAUAACUUCAAGGCAAUCCUCGAACUAGCAGACAGUCAACAUUUAGGGGAUAAAAUAAGACUUGUACAUGAUGCAGAAGUCGAUGUGGUAUCGCGUGGUCGAAGAGUACACGGAUUCAUGAACGGAAUAGAUGGAAAGAUUGUAACUUGGUACCUAAUGGAAAAACAAUCAUUGCCUCAUCUUACAUGCGAUGCUGAUAUCUAUUGUCUCCAAACGACGACCUCAACAGAUGGGAUAGGAAGGUUUAACACACAGGGGUUACGAGCCGGCACAUAUUUUAUAUGUGCUAUUGUAGAAAGCAACAACUCGAGUAACCUGAAACAUUUUACAUCAGCGGAAAAUGACUUUUCCACAUGCGGGAAUGGCUUUGUUAUUGAUGAAUCGCCACCCGCUGGUGGCCUUGUAGACAUUUCUAGCAACAAUGAUGAUUUUAUUAGUGACAAAAACGAGUUAGAAGUACAUUGGUCGGAUUUUUACGAUGAUGAGAUGAAACUAAGCGUUGAACAUUCUGGUAUCGCUAGAUAUGAAGUCUCGUUAGGUUCCAUUUUUGGUGGUCAAGAUGUCGUUCAAUACAGAAAUGUUGGUUUGCUGACGUCAGUAGUAUUUUUCAACACUAGCCUGAAUAUUGGAAUGACAUAUUUUGCCACAGUAAAAGCGUUUGAUUUUGCCGGCCAUGUCACAGAAGUCACUUCCUCUGGAAAAACACUUGAUUUCACUGCCCCUGAAUUAGGAAUGAUUUUCGUACGAUUUUCUGGACUUAAAGAUGCUAUUUCAACAAUUCAUGAGCUCUUUGUCCAGUGGGAAGGUUUUGUUGACGAAGAAAGUGGAAUUAAAGACACCUUAUUGGCUAUGGGUUCUACAAAUGAAUCCACGGACAUUUUGGAUUUUCGUUCAGUCACAGGGGGGUCUACCAUAAUCAAGGAGCUUGAAUCUAUGCGAGAUGGACACCAAUAUUUUAUAAUUCUAAAGGUAUUAAACAACGCGGGCCUCCAUACGAUUGCAGCAUCAGAACCGUUUUUAUUUGACAAGUCUCCACCUGAAAAUGGUGUUGUUUAUGAUGGUCUCGCAAAUGAUGUUGACUUUCAAAACGACAUUCAGUCAUAUACUUGCCAUUGGUGUGACUUUGUUGACCCUCACACGAGUAUAGAGUAUUAUGAAGUUGGACUUGGUACAAAACCUUUCACAUAUGAUAUAUUCCCCUCCAGAUUUGUUGGACUUCACAAAAAUAAUUCUUGGAGUGGGGCUUUUGAACCUGGAGUAAAAUAUUACGCUACGGUUAAGGCUUGUAAUCGUGCUGGACUGUGCUCUUUCAAAUCUUCGAAUGGCGUCAUCAUGGAUAACACUCCUCCAGUCACUGGAUUAAUUCAUAUUGGAUUUAGUGGCCAUCACGAACCUUUCUUGCCUUAUAAUAAUUCUGUUUCUGCGUCAUGGGUAGGAUUUAUAGAUACUCAUUCUGGAAUCGAUCAUUUCGAGUGGUGUUUAGGGAAAAGCCCAGGUCUUUGCAAUUAUGUUGAUUACGAAAAUAUCUUGCUAUCAAACAGAGUGACCAAGACUGGUAUGUCACUUCCUUCAUCAACAGAUCUCUAUUUUACACUGAAAUCAAUCAAUAGAGUUGGACUAUCAGUAGAACGUACAUCUGCCAAGUUCCAAAUUGAUACAAGUCCUCCAGUUGCGGUGAAAUCUCCAACGUUUAUUACAAAAGAUCAUGGGGUUUCCCUAGUCAAUGGAACUCAGUUUGACAACUCCUUGAUCACCAUACAAUGGCAAUUCCAAGAUUUAGAAAGCUCCAUUGUAAGACAUCAAUUAGUUCUAGAAGUAAAUCGAAACGGACAUGUUGCCUAUGAAACGAAAGAACUUGGAAGUCAAAUGCAGAUAACUUUAAUGUCCCCAAACGGGACGUUUUUGAAAGAUGGCGACGCUUACAUUGCAAAGGUUACCAGCUGUAAUGGUGCAGGUCUUUGUACGACAGCUAUAUCGGAUACACUUCUGAUUGACUCCACCCCUCCCUCCUUGGGUGGUUUUAUGAACACAAUGACUUGGAUAAAUGUUGGUAAUGAAACCAGAGUACAACUUGCGUGGUAUGGAUUUAUUGACCACGAGUCGGGGAUACAUGAAUAUGUUAUUAGUUUAAGUAGUUCGUAUUCUGGAAAUGAAUUAUCCGACGGUCUAAAACGUGUCCGCCAUGCUAACACUUCUCGACAAACUGCUUCAUUAACUCUGUCAAAAAAACUCAAAAGCAAUGAUGCUGUUGUGUUAACUGUGAUGGCCAUAAACUCAGUCGGUUUGAGAAGUUCUAUAGGAAAGGCAUCUGUUAUUCUUGUUCCUAGUGAUUUGAACCAUACAAAGGGCAUCUUAACAUUUCAGAGACAUUCAUGUAUAUCUCAUUAUUGCAAUAACGAUUGUACUUGUGCAGUUGUUGGGAAAAAAUGUCUGAAUAAAGUUAACGCACCAUGCAAAGAACUGCAGAAUGUUUCUGAAUUAAUGUUGAACAUUUCGGUACAUUUUGGACUUGCUUCUUUUCCCGUUUCAAUAAUGUCAAGCGCCACCUGCUUUUCGGGGUUUUGGACAGAUGAGGAUCCAUCGAAAAAGGUUUUACGUUAUGAAUGGAGUAUCGGUGAAAGCGGAGAAGGUCCAGGAUAUGGAAUCUUUGAUUCAAAAAAAGAAAGUGUGUGGUAUGAUAAUGGUCUUCAAGAAGAUAUUGUAUAUUGUUUACCCUUCCUCAAAAAGCUAAGUCAUGGUCAACAUUAUACACUUUAUAUCAAGGCAUGGGUAUCGGAGAAUGAAUUCUCAAUAUUCCACUCAAAACCACUCUUAGUUGAUUUAACACCUCCUGAGAGAAGACGAGGCCAUUCAGUGAUCGAGGCAGAAGGUCACUGUUUAAAAGAUAUUGAUUAUAUUGAUUCAUUGAAACUAAUAAAAAUUUGUUGGGAAAAUUUAUUCUCGGAAAAGGAAGGAGAAAUAGUGACAUAUUACUUCAGUGGUGGAACAAGACCUUUUGGUGAUGACUUCAUACAGAAAACAUCGGUUAAUUUAUCUACAGUUUUUGAGGUUAAUCAAACAAUGACACCAGGAAGCACAUACUUCUUCACCGUCAUUGCUAGAAAUAAUAUGGGUCUUGAAACCACCGCAAUAUCCGACGGAAUACUUGUUGAUACUGACAGUCCUACCCCUGGAGUCGUAUAUAAUACUAAACAAUUUCGCAAUGCUCUUCAUCAGUUUUCCACAUCUUCUCUGUCAAUGUCUUGGCACGGAUUUGAAGACCACCAGUCGUCAAUUAAAUAUUUUGAAGUCAGCAUAGUAGAAACAGAGAGCGAUACACUGAUAAAUAGAACUGAAAGAGUACUCUUUUCAAAUGAUUAUACUUUCAGAAACCUACAUUUACAACAUAACAAAAGCUACAGCAUUAGAGUACGAGCUGCUGAUUUCUUGCAACACUUCUCCCCUUAUGUCACUUCCCACCCAAUUAAAAUUGAUUCAACUCCGCCGUUUGGGGUACAAUGUGAAAAAUUUGAGGAUUUAUAUUUAGAAGUAACUGUAAUUGAAAAACAAAAACCAUUUCUCCACUCGAGAACAACUGUUUUAAGCGGUGUUGUUUCCCUGAAAAAGAAUACAAUCUACAAAAUAAGCGUCGAUGUUUUGAAAGAAUUGCACUUUAAAAUGGUUUAUUUUCAGUUGGGAAACGAAGUCAUGAAUUUAUAUUUGUCAUUGAAUGCGGACUCGAGUUAUUCUUCAAAACAUCAAUUUAUGUCUACAUAUGAGGGCGAGAUAAGUUUGAAGAUUAUAUUUGCAAGUCGACAUGACAUCAUGGAAGAAGAUAUUUUCAUACGGCUUCAACAAUGUAGCGUUUCUUCAAUUACCCAGUCACCACUGAUAGUACGCCAAAUAAACCCUGGAUUGCUGUCUGUAUGCAGCUUUAUUUUUGAUCCAGAGAGCGACAUUGAAAACGUUUUAAUUGGCGCUGGUACAACUAAAGGCGGAUUUCAAAUACAAUCUCUUUUACCUGUCUCUUCAUUCAAUCAUGGCGUUGUUGAAAUGAAGAUUCCCCAUGGAAGUCGUAUCUAUAUCACAGCUGUUGCAAGAAACAAUGCGGGGCAGUGGUCAAAGUUUUCACAAGAAAUAACAUUGGACCAUACCCCGCCUAUUAUAAGUAAUUUCACAGUGGAAACCCAGAAUUCGGAAACACGAGAGGAAAGGACGCAUGUGGCAAAAAUGUCGUUAUCCAACUCCACAACAAAACUCCACAGAGAAACUCGGGUGGUGGCAUCAUGGAAUGUAAGCGAGGAGGAAAGUGAACUUGCAUCCUGUUUUUGCUCUGUUGGUCCUUGGAAAGAAUCAAUGGGAAGAAGUUGGCAACAAAGCAUUGAUAGAACGAAGUGUGAAAUAUCUAAUCUGACUUUUGAUCAUGGAGCUAAUAUAGAAGUAUCUGUCAAAUGCAUAAACAAAGUACAGCUAAUGGAAUUAAAAAAGGCGGGACCAUUUACAAUAUACCACGAAGCCCCGAACUCUUAUUUGUCAUCUUUAUCGUUUUAUCCCGACAACCGUUAUACUGUUAUGGAGGGCAAUGCCAAUUUGAAAGUACAGUCAAGUAUAACUCAUGUUGAUUUUACUUGGGGUCCAUUCGAUGACCUGUCAGAAGACGUCAACUACGAAACGCGUGUAAGGAAGGAUGACAAUGUAAUUGCACCAUGGGAGUCGGUUGGUCUUAGAAACAGUGCAUCGAGAAAAAUAAACCUCAUGGGGAGAGCAGAUACCUUUUUUGUGGACGUCCGUGCUAUAAAUAAUGGUGGUUUCCAAAGUCCUUCAAUCAACGCCUCUAUUCUUAUUGAUGAUAAACCGCCUAUCUUGACGGGAGUACCAGCAAGAUAUUUUCUGGAUAAAGGAGGUUGCUCCAUAAAGUGGACGAACGUGUUCUCGCCGAGUGUCUACGGUCCUAUGGUGUACCAAGUAUCGGCUGGUUCCAGUAACGGAAGUUCUGAUAUCCAGUCACCAAUCUCCACAAUGGCAGAGGAAAUAAACGUUGAGUGGAGUCCUGACCAAUCACAGCAUGAAGUGUUUGUUAACAUCCUGGCUUUUGGAUCAAAUGGCGAGUUUUCGCGUUACAACACAAAACUUUUUGUGCGCUAAGAGUAAAUUCAUCUUCUGUAAAUUCUUCGUGUCCGAUUUAUGUAAUAGUGUAUAUAAUAUAGACUUUAUAUUAAACAAGGUUUGAAAGCAGCAAAUCGAAUGUUCGUUUCAUUUAUAAAUACUAAAGUAGAUGCGAUGUUCAUUCCCUUUCUAAUAGCAUGUCAAUUUUUCGUAACAAUUAUCAGUUUAUUUUGUAUUUAAAAUGUAUUACCACAAGAAAAAAUCUGGUAUUAAGUGUAACUAAAAUCUGUAUCCUUUGUAUAGUACAACUUACUUAGUAUGUGACGUUAUAAUUUUAUUAGCAAAAACAAUAUAAUUUUUAACAACUCUUCUUAUUAUUUUGGGGCAGGUUAACUUACUGAUCGACCCAGUGUCAUUUUGAGUCGAUAUUAUAUAUCUUUAACUCCUUUUUAAACAUAUAGGAAUGACGUUAUUUUAAAACAUUGAAUUUUUUCUGCCCCUUUUGUUUUGAUUCCAGUAUAAAGUACCCUUUUAUUUUACAAAUUGUAGUCAUUAUUAUUCAUACAAAAAUUCAUAAAAAAAAAAAUUGAAAGAUGAUGAAAUACGAUGUAAGAUAUUAGAUUAGUUCAUAUUCGUGUUUAAAAAAUGGACCGGGCAAAUAAAUCA